AUGCCGCUGGCUCUCGCAGAGCCUGUCAAGCUGCCAUGCGGGCUGAUACUGCCCAACCGCUUUGUCAAGGCCGCCAUGGCCGAGGGAAUGGCUAGUAAAAAAGAAAAUCUCCCCAAUCAGGAUUUCUUCCAGGUCUACGCGAAAUGGGCCGAGGGCGGCUGGGGUGCCAUCCUGACGGGAAACGUCCAGGUAGACCCUGAUUAUCUCGGGAAUCCGCAGGAUCCCGUGGCCGGCGAAUACAACGAGAACGACACCAAGACUCUGGACCGCUGGCGCCAGUAUGCGGACGCCUGUCAGAAACAUGGCACCCCGGCCAUUGUCCAGAUCUGUCAUGCAGGCAAACAGUCCCCCCGCGGAGCAGGCCGGAGGGGCCUGUUUUCCCCGACGAUUGCUCCCAGCGCGAUUCCUCUGAACCUGGGUGAUGGCUAUCUGGAUAGAUUCUUUCGAUGGCUGGCCUUUGGAUCUCCUAGGGAAAUGACGGUCAAGGAUAUCGAGAAAGUCGUUCGUCAGUUUGUGGACACGGCGCGUCUUAUGGCCAAGAGUGGCUUCGCGGGUGUUGAGCUCCACGGUGCACAUGGCUAUCUUCUCACCCAGUUUCUCUCCAGCAAGUCCAAUCUGCGCACCGAUGACUACGGCGGAACCCCCGAGAAGCGAGCAAAGAUCGUCGUGGACAUCAUCCGGCAGAUCCGCGAGGCCGUGCCCUCGAACUUCUGCAUCGGAAUCAAGCUCAACUCGGCGGACCACGACUCGGCAGAGUUUGAAGACACGAUGCGGCAGAUUGAGCUCCUCGUUGAAAGCGGGAUCGACUUUUUGGAAGUUAGCGGUGGGUCGUAUGAAGACCCGAAGAUGAUGAGCCAAGACUUCGUCCAGAACACCGAGAAAAGCCAGCGCACGUUGGCCCGCGAGGCCUUCUUCCUCGACUUCGCCGCUGAGAUCAGAAAGCGGUUCCCCAACCUCGUCCUCAUGGUGACCGGAGGAUUCCGCACCCGCAGAGGCACCGAGGCCGCCGUGCAGAGCAAGGCGUGCGAUCUCGUAGGCAUCGCGCGUCCCGCAGCCGUCAACCCUAAAUUCCCGCAACUGCUGCUGGACGAGACCGUCCCGGACGAGGACGCGCAGCUCGUGCUGGCCAAAGUACGUCUUCCGGGUUGGAUGAGAUUCCUGCCGCUGAAAAGGGCAUUGGGUGCGGGGGCAGAAAGUCUUUAUUAUACGCGUCAGAUUCAGAGAUUGGCCAAGGGAUUGCCGACUUCUGGACCUCCUGCUUGA